UGAGGCAGGAUUAACAAAACAAAGCAUGAGAAUUUAUUUGAGAAACAGUUACCAGUAGCAGUUUAAAAUAUAUGAGUCCUAUUUAAAUUAUCAGCCACAAGGAAUGGAAAGCCAAAAUACUUAACAAGUGACGGUUAUAGACCACUGCUGGAAUUGACAAAGUUACACCAUAAGUGCAGUACAGAAACCAGGACCAGAGGACACAGCUAGAAAUUAAGUGGAGAUAGACUUUAGGACAGAGGGAAGGAGACACUUCACACAGAGAGCGUGCUGUCAAGCUUGACAUUAAAAUGAGUCUGCUGGCUCUGGUGCUUUUGAGUCUGAUGCAAGGUACCCAAACUGUUCAUGUUUCCCAAUGGCCGGAGCUGGUGACUGCAGCGGAAGGAGGGAACGUCACUCUGAAAUGCAACAUCUCCUACAUCAGCAAAAACAUCAGGCGUAGGAUAGUGUACUGGUUCAUUCCCGGGGCUGGGGAUGACGAUGACGAUAUCCCUCUCCAUCCCUCCCCUGAAUCUCAGUACCAGGGGCGAGUAGCCCUGGUGGGAGCGGAGAACACAUCCAUGCAAAUCUGUGAGCUUCAGCUCCAGGACUCCUGCAGGUAUUACUGCAUGCUGUCCUAUGUGAAUGGGGACACUCCGAACAGGACCAUCGGAGGUGGAACACAGCUCUACGUUCACGGUCCCCUUCAUUUCAACCUGACAGCUGAGAAUCCCUUUGUGCUGUACUGUGAGAUCAACGUGGGCAACUUCACAGGGCUCAGCCUGGUUUUUCAGAGAGAAGGUAGCGAGAUGGGCGAGGCGAUGACGAUCACGCCGCUGGAGAACGGAUCAUUCCUCAUAUCCCGGGAAAUCUGUGUCAAGCAAGGCACGCUGCAGGAAUACCAGUGUCUGCUGAAGCAUAGCUCUGGGGUCUUUCUACUGAAGAAAAGUCUGGAUGUGCCCCCAUUCUAUCCUGAAGAGUAUCCACAACCCAUACUCCUCUAUGCUUGUAUUCUUGUGUUCCCAUCCACAAUGCUCAUUGUUAUAUUGAUAGUAGUCCUCAUAAAAACGAAACACUGACAGAUUGCAAGGUAACUGUAAUCUAUCUAUCUAUCUAUCUAUCUAUCUAUACAUUUGCAAGGGUCAGCAACUAAGAUAUAGAUAACUAAGGAGGCUGUGUGGUCCAGUGGUUAAAGAAACGGGCUAGUAACCAGGAGGUCCCCAGUUUAAUUCCCACCUCAGCCACUGACUCAUUGUGUGACUCUGAGCAAGUCAUUUAACCCCCUUGUGCUCUGUCUUUUGGGUGAGACGUAAUUGUAAGUGACUCUGCAGUUGAUGCAUAGUUCACACAUCCUAGUCUCUGUAAGUUGCCUUGGAUAAAGGCGUCUGCUAA